UAUUAUUUCAACUUAUAUAUAUGUAUAAUUUCCUUACAACUUUAUUUUUGGGUGUUAUUGUAGGCGUUGAAAACGUCUGCAGAGCAUUCAAUCUUCCACGAAAUUCUUGAAAAAUUCCAAAACCUUCUCCCUUCUUAUAGGAUCGUCCGCUGUUGAAUUACUUUCAUUCCAAAAGAUGAUUUCAUCAGCCAUUCAAAAUUCUCGUUACACUUGUAAGUGUUAUACAACAAAAAAAAUCGAAAUGAUAAAUACAAAGAUAAACGGUAAUCAAAAUUAAAACAUUGCUCUCUAGGUAUAACAGUUUUGUCACACUUGUACCGAAAGUUUGGUUUGAGACCACGGUCAAAGCGUGGGAAUGAACAUUUAUCCGUCCUGCGGGCGGUAAGAUGGGAAUUCCACAGGGACGGGCGGUGAAGUGGAAAUCCCUGUAACACCGUGUAGUAAAGUGGAAAUUUCCAAGAGCGCUGGCCACAUAUUAUCAGCACAACCAGAAACUUAAAUGUAUACCACGGUCCGUACAAAACAUAAACUAUCGGUUAAUUCUUGUACACAUAUCACAACCUCUUUGCACGACGCAUAAACAUUUAUACGUAUUUUGUUUUCACUGUUCCCACACAAGUGCGUUGGACGUUACGGAUAGAUUUGUUUUGCGCGAUUUACAUAAUAAUUCGAAUUAGAAAAUGAGAUCGUUCGCGCAAGUGUCACGUCGCCGUUCAAUUUAUCGCAUUUCGUGUUAACCGGAACACCCGAUACCGGUGUCGGCGUGUGAUGUUUGAGGAUUUUCGAUCGGCGUGUUAUCGCGGUACGAUUUUCACCGGUCCGUGGACGCCAUUACUGCCGGGACUUUUUUUCGCCGACAUUUUUUCUGCGAACGUCCUACUCGUCGUUUUUCCCGUGCCACCGGCCGUGUGCUUUUGUGGUUGCAGCAUAGCGUAGUGGAGUCGCCAUCUCCGGGGACAACUUUUAUAAAAGGAUGCUCGAACCGACUAAUUUUGGGAACCGCUGGAUGAUAGGACAUUGAAAGACUGGAUGAAACACAGUUAAUUGUUAAAAAUGUAAAAAAAAAAAAAAUAAUGCCGACGUUAAGAUUUGUUUUCAAUAGCAUGCGGAGCGAACGUGAAACACUGCCAAUCAUAUAGUUUUAUACGUUGACUAUUUGGAGAGAAAAAAACGGUUGGUCGCCCGGCGAAAAUUAAAAAAAAAAAAAAAGGCGCUGUUAAACGUUAAAUACGUUUUGAUUCAGUACAGAUGUGACCGUGGUUUGCACGCGGUAGUGUGUAUCAGGUUCGCGCGUAACAGUGCGCGCAGUAUGGAAUCGCAUACGUGUAUCAAAGUUCUAAUUGUUUUCGCUAAACGAAACGGUUGUACGCACGCCGCACGUGUCAGUACGCCGAUUGGAAACGGAGACGCGGACGCGUUUGUUUGCGUUUAUCUUCAGCUUCGUGCCAACGUGAUUACAACGCGUGUUAUACGCAAAACCAAUCGGAUCCGUUGCAGUCGGAACCGCAGCACAUCAGUGCUGCGCAAUAGCGAUAAUUAUAGGAACCAAAAGAAAAAAAAAAAAUAACUCCACUUGUUUGGACACCACGCUAUAUCGCCGUAGACAGUUUGAAGGAACCUAAACUUGUGGAAUUCGAGUUAUCAUUACUGUCCGGCACGAGAACCAAUGAACAAAAGUCCGUUUGAAGCCUAUAUAUGAAUAAUAUUUUAUAUUGUAUAAUAAGUAGUUAUAUAAAUUUUAUUCGCGUAUACACUGUAUUGCGAAGUAUGUAUUAUUUGUUUUCCGUAAGUAAAAUGAAGUCCUUUUAGGCUAUAAUGAAACAAGUCCGACUGCCGACUGGUGUUUUUGUUGUUGGGGGGGGGGGGGGUGAGACACCCGCCCAAGACCCCUCUUCGGGACGGCCCUGGAUAAAUUACGUAUUGUUAACGUGUAAUGUUUGUCGCAUGUGUGCUAAACCCCGAUGACGCACGAAAAGUAACAAAAUAUUGCACAUUUUAAAAUAGAUUAACAUAUGUUAAACAAUACAUCGCAAUCGUUCGUGAUGGUAAAUCAUCAUCAGCCAUGUUACCAUAUCAGAAUCCGUAGCAAAGAUGUUUACACAUCGGUAACAAUUAAAAUAAUUAAUGACCACUGCAAUGAAUUUCCAAGACAUUUACCGUUGUACUUUUUGCAGUCACAGUCCAUGCACUGUUCACAUCGUUACACUUUCGGGGUUAGUCCUAAUGAUGUUUUAUUGAUUGAUUGGCUAUACUGAUGUGUCUUAUAACUGUAGCAACUUAUCGAAUAUGUUUUAACGCGGUAAAAAUUCCUCGAAGCUUACGAUUCGACGAAGCGAACCACAACCACUGUAGCAGUAUAUCGAUAACGCAAUGUGCAACAAAAGAGAAUUUUUAAUGGUCGACCCGAAAAAUCGCUCAGUAUUCAAGCAAAAAUAAUUCAAGUGUAAACAUUUUACCGAUAACGAUUCGAUCAUUGGAUUUGAUGAGUUUUCAACAGCGCACGGCCGACCACACGUAUUGCGCAUACCGACCACCCGAAACGGACACGUGUCUGAUGUGCGACACCGUGUACGUACGAUAUGGAAAGCACGAGAGCUCCGAAACGUCGGUGCCGUGCUCGGAUCAGACAAGAGCACAAAAAUACCAUACGGACGUCGAUCAUAGUUUAUGGUGGUGCAAAAGGUUUCUAAUUAGUUCAGACAUUUGGAAUUGUCGUGGGCAUUGUGUACAAAUUAUUCGAAAAACCUAUCGGACGAGAAAAAUGACAGUUGAAAAACACAUCGUUACCUACGUUCAGUGAAUAACUCCCCCGACGAUAAGAAGGUUCACGCGAGCGGACUGGUAAAGUACGAAAACGAUAUCGGAACUCGCGAAAUCAUAUGUACGAUAUAACUCCGCAGCCCCGUCGUCUCAAGACCGGGGGAUGGUUUCAAUGAAAUGUACAAGAGUCAACUCGUCCUGAAGUAGAAAUAACGAUUAGACGGAGAACUCAGAUGAGCAGUGCAUCUAGCUGGGUGCUAAACGAGUAACUUCCACCGGGUCAUAA